AUGCCUAAUAAUUUUGAUAUGAGGAACCUUGUUAUUCUUUACAUGCCAUGUAGCAAACUCAAAGAAGUUUGGAAGGGAACUAAGUAUCCCACAAAGUUGAAGGAACUCAAUCUUAGUUAUUCAGAGCACCUAACCUGUACGCCUGACUUCACAGGGCUCCUGAAUCUUGAGAAACUGAUUCUCAUUGGUUGUAAAAGUUUGGUUGAAGUCCAUGAAAAUAUUGAUCGACUUAAGAAACUUGUGUGGUUGGAUCUAAGUGGUUGCCACAGUCUCAAGAAUCUUCCGAGCAGUUUAAGUAAAUUGCCAUCUCUUAAAAUACUUGAUAUUUCUUACUGGCAAGAAAUUGGAAAAUUGCCGAUGGGAAUGAGGAAAUUGAUUUCUUCUAAUGGUUUAUGCUUCUUAAAGGAAGUGAUUUUGAAAGGAUGCAAUCUAAUAGAUAAUGAUAUACCUGAUGAGUUUUGGUUGUUCUACUAUUUGAAAUCACUGAAUCUUGGGAAGAACUAUUUUGAGAGCCUUCCAUCUAGCAUUGGCCAACUUUCACAACUUCAAAAUUUGGAUGUGAGGGAUUGCAAGAGACUCAAAUUGCUCCCAAUGCUUCCAUCAAGUUUGCAUUCUCUUGAUGCAUCAUUUUGCUUCAAGUUGGAAAGGUUACCAAAUUUGUCAAAAUUAAAGCAACUAACAAUGCUACAUCUUUCAUGUUGUGAAAAGCUGACUGAAAUGAGGGCUUAG